AUGUUGCAGAUGAGUCUUCAAACUGUGACAGUGGUGAUUGCCGGACGGCGGUCACCGAUGGACCUCUCAGUGGCUGCGUUCUCUUUAAUGUUUGCUUUAGUGACUGGAUGGAUGAUCGCGCUUGGGGGGACAACUGCACUCGAUACUUUAGCGUCUUCCACCUUCACCGGCAGCAAAAACAAACAUGACUUGGGUAUCUUACUCCAAAGGGGGCUUUUCAUUUUAAGUCUCUUUUACAUCCCAGUGGCAGUUAUUUGGGCAUGUUCAUACUAUAUUUUCCUAGCGCUUGGACAGGACCCCAAACUAUCAUAUCAAAGCUCAAGGUUCCUCACUUGCCUGAUUCCCGGUGGACUGGGAUACAUCUUCUUUGAGACGAUGAAAAAAUAUCUACAAGCACAAGGAAUCAUGAGGGCAGGAACAUAUGUCCUCCUCAUUACAUCGCCUUUGAAUGCCGCUCUAUGCUACUUCUUUUGUUAUACACUCGACGUUGGGAUACUGGGAGCACCGAUUGCCGCGAACAUCGCAUACUGGCUUUCCUUUAUCUUGUUGGUUCUUUACACAAGAUUCAUUGCCGGAUCGGAAUGUUGGGGAGGGUGGUCUCGCGAGGCAUUCAAAAACCUUUGGAUAUUCGCCCGACUAGCAAUCCUUGGUAUUCUACACGUUGGCACGGAGUGGUGGGCAUUCGAGAUUGUUGCUUUAGCAGCUGGUCGACUGGGUACCCUACCCUUGGCAUCGCAAAGUGUGAUUAUGACCGCCGACCAGAUCCUUAACACCAUCCCUUUCGGAAUCGGCAUCGCCAUCUCAUCUCGAGUGGGAAACCAGUUGGGUUCGCGAAAUCCUAGAAAAGCCAUGCGGACUGCUCAUCUAGGGACUCUGUUGGCCUGUACUCUUGGGUUGAUCGUCUUGAUCAUUUUGAUGACGACCCGUGACCAAUUUGCGAAGAUAUUCAACGAUGACCCCAAGGUCAUCCAGUUGACUUCGGACAUUCUACCUUUCGUCGCCCUUUUCCAAAUUGCAGAUGCGAUGAAUGGAUGUUGUGGGGGGGUCUUGCGGGGUAUGGGACGUCAACACUUAGGGGCUGGCGUUAAUGUUGUGAGCUAUUACUUUUUUGCCCUUCCGCUGGGGAUAUCCCUUGCCUUCCAGUAUAGUUGGGGGCUGAAGGGUCUCUGGGUCGGACAGUGUGUUGCGCUGUGGUCUGCCGGUAUUCUGCAGUGGGUAAUAGUAUCCUGUACAAAUUGGCAGGAGGAGGUACGCAAGGUCUUCAGAAGGUUGGAAUACAACGGUUUAGAGAAUGUUUGA